CGGACAUCUCAGUUUAAAACAACAAGCGCAGCAUUUAAAGCGAGAACAAACGGCGUAGUCGUAGCUUAGUAAAGUUUUAUAUGUAAGAAGUGUAUAAGAUUGUUUUUUAACAUGUUUGUUACCGAUAUUCGAAAGGAAUUUUAUGACGUCGUCGUGAAUCAGAGAGUGGCUCUGCUGGUGUCUCCUGAUAUUGACGCUCUCUGUGCCUGUAAAGUGUUGCAGGCUCUGUUUCAUUGUGAUCACGUCCAGUACACACUGAUCCCAGUCACGGGAUGGCAGGAUCUUGGCACUGUUUUUAUGGAACAUAAAGAUCAGUAUCAGUAUUUUGUUUUGAUUAACUGUGGGGCAAAUGUGGACCUGCUGGAGACCCUUCAGCCUGAGGAAGACUCCGUUUUCUUCAUCUGUGACACGCACAGACCUGUAGAUGUGGUCAAUGUCUACAAUGACACUCAGAUUAAGCUCCUGAUAAAACAAGACGAUGAUCUCGGGGUUCCGUCCUAUGAUGACAUCUUCCGUGACGACGAGGAGAAUGAAGACGGUGAUGAUUCUGGAAAUGAGAGCGACGGAAGCGCAGAGCCUUCUGGGAAACGGCGGCGUUACGAUGAGGGAGCUUUGGAGAGAAGAAUCGAGCGGCAGCGUGCCAGACGUGAAUGGGAAGCUCGCAGGAGAGAGAUUCUGUUUGACUAUGAGCAGUAUGAGUUUCAUGGAACAUCAGCAGCACUUGUGAUGUUUGAACUGGCGUGGGUCAUGUCUAAAGACACCAAAGACAUGCUGUGGUGGACUAUUAUUGGCCUGACUGAUCAGUGGGUUCACGAUAAAAUACCACACAUGAAGUAUGUGACGGACAUCGCUACUCUUCAGCGUCACGUGUCCCGUCACAAUCACAGAAAUGAGGAUGAGGAGAACUCGCUCUCCAUCGACUGCAUGAGGAUCUCUUUUGAAUACGAUCUGAGGUUGGUGUUGUACCAGCACUGGUCUCUGUACGAGAGCAUUUGUAACUCCUGUUACACCUCCUGCAACUUGAAGCUCUGGUCCAUGAACGGCCAGAAGAAACUCCAGGAGUUACUGGCAGAUAUGGGUCUUCCACUCAAACAGGUGCGUCAGAAAUUUAACUCUAUGGACAUGACCAUCAAAGAAAACCUGCGCGAGGUCAUUGAGGAAUCCGCCAAUAAAUUUGGCAUGAAAGACAUUCGCGUCCAGACGUUUGGCGUACACUUUGGCUUCAAGAAUCGCUUCCUGGCCAGCGAUGUGGUUCACGCUGCUGCCGCCUUGCUGGAGAACGUGGAGAAGGACGAAACGGCGACGGACAACUUCAUCAAAGCUCUGGACUGUCUGUCCAGGAGUAAUCUGGAGCGGCUGCAUCUAGGCAUCGAUCUGGCCAAGAAGAAAUUAAAGGCCAUUCAGCAGACGGUGGCGAGCUGUAUCUGCACAAACCUCAUACUGUCACAAGGACCUUUCCUCUACUGCCACCUGAUGGAGGGAACGCCGGACGUGAAGCUGUUUUCUAAACCUCUGGCUUUAACUCUGCUCUGCAAAUAUCUGCUCAAAGCUUUUGUCUGCUCUACGAGGAAUAAGCGCUGUAAGAUCCUGCCGUUGAUAAUGGCCUCUCCUCUGGAUGUGGAGAAGGGUACACUGAUGGUCCUGGGAAUCCCACCGGAGUCAGACACUUCUGAUAAGAAAAAUUUCUUCGGCAGGGCUUUUGAGAAGGCUGCCGAGAGCACCAGCUCCAGAACUAUACAUGAUCAUUUUGACACAUCCAUUAUUGAGCUGAAGAUGGAGGACAGGGGGAAAUUUUUGGAUGCUCUCAUCACCCUGCUGUCAUAAAGACCCCGUUGCAUGCUGGGAACGAUAAACCGCCCACAGAAACUGUAGACAGAAGCUGGGUGUGUGUGUACGUAGGAGUUCUCUUCAUCUGAUUUGAGAAUUCAUACACACGCGCACACUACGUUCGUUGCUCCACAAAUGGAAUUUUACACCCCUUGUGUCAACGUGACAUUUGACAUGUUCUCAGCCAGUUUGGUGCCAAAUACCUUCAGAAAAGUUCAGCUUUUAUACCAUCUAGAGACCAUCUAGAGACAUCAACAUCACCUCAGUCCAGCUGGUGUUUUGGUUGUGGGCUUACAGACAUUCUGAGACUUUUGUAUCUGUACAGGAUUUUACUGUGUUGUAGUGUUGUUGGUCAUAUAAUUUAGUAUUUUGUCAGUGUGUGUGUUAUAAGAAUU